AUGCCAAACAAGCGGAGACAUUUCCGCAGUAUUACAAUUGUGAAAUAAGGGUACUAAUAGAUGUCUCUUGACAGAUAACAUUGGAGCGUUUUUCAGUUUGACAUUCCGGUCGGCUACAUAAUUCAGUUCAAAGCGACGACUGUCACCCCGACGAAUGAGGACAGUAUGGUCAUCUACGACACACUUUCGAAGGAGUACAUGUACAAUAAUAUGAACUAUCCGAUUAUGAGCAAAACAGUGAAUUCAGAAUUAGCAGUUUCGCUCAAAUCGUGAUUGCCCCCGCAGUUACUGCAAGAGCCGUAAUAACAACUGGUCAGAGUUUUUCGCAAUUUUUGCUCCAAUGGACGUAUGUUCAUGGUUAGUCACAACUAUCAAGCGUAUUAUUCGAAAGAACGUUUCCAGUUGCUUCUCACAAACCUCAACAAUCGUCUACGUUCGUACCUCUAUUGCUCAAUCUGAAGACAAUGAGCCCAAUUUGUUUCUCGACUGGCGGCCAAACAAACGUCGCUUUCCACACUACCUCCUCAGCAGACACUGACGGAAUUUCAGUUUACGACGGAGCCGAUCUUACUGGAACCUAUUUGGACCCUCUUUCCAGUUUCAGCGAUCAGCUCUUGAAAACGGAGAGCGCCUCUUUGACACUCGUUGUGUUUGGUACCACUAUCAGAGAUAGCAACACGUAUGGACUGGCUCAGGAUUAUACGCGUGAUUUCCUUUUCAAUUCUCGGUAAAUUCACAGUAUUAUUCAGGUAUCAAAGAUUACAACACGUACAGUUUUCAAAUGCUGGAUGAUGAGGAAACAUUGAGUAUGUCAGCAGGAUCAGCGAUUUCCUAUUUGCGAUUGAAUGAAUUGAUCUACCUCACGAGCAUUCAAGGCGAUGAAAAUACGGAUAUCCUUUAAAGGAAAUUUGGACGAUGAACCAGUUCUGAGAUACAGGUACAACCAACUUAUCUUUUCAGUUUCUACAAAUUUUAUAUUUUAUUGCAGUGGUACCGUCUUCGAAAGCAAUUUGCCUCAAGAGAUUGCGGCCAAGUUGUUCACAGUCUAUGUCCUUGGCGGCGCUCCGAAAAUGCAUUUUGCCAGUGAAUCGGACAGUUGGGAAAUCGUGGAACCCGGCAGAAACGGAAUGAUUGUUUCUCCUUCCUUCUGGGAUAUCUCCCAGUUAUCUCCUGCACAUUACACAACACUCAGCUACGCCGAAGAACUCGCAACUUUCACAUUUGAUUUGAAAUCGGUCCAUAUCGUCGGAAAGGGAGAAUACCUGGAGGUAACGGUAGGAAACGCCCACACAAAUGAACAAAUCCCUGUGAGAUUCAAUGAAGAUGCGUAUGGACAGAACCGGACGAUAAACGGAACUUGGAUGACUGUUCAUUAUAAUGGAAAGAAUCCGAGUUCUACGUUCCAUCUCCUCUUCAACGUGACGGUUUGACACUUUGAAUCUCAUGAGAAUAAACCCGUAUUGUAGAGUGCUGUGCCUCUCCCGAGCACUGUGAGCCCGCCGACCACGCAACAGCUGACAACUGGCCACGUCACAGGCGGCACAGCGACAUCAACGACUCCAGCGAGGCACGCUUCCAACACUUCGGUGCAACCUCCGAGCACUACCACUCAGGCAGCACUCGUCAUUUUCAACCCUUUCACCGUUUCUCUUUCGACGAUCGCGUUGAUUCUCUUUGUUGACUUUAUUUGGUAA